AUGGAGAGGAAAACAACAAAAACGAGCUCGUCGCCUUCCAUGACUUCAGGAGAGCAUGACUUCAGGAGAGCAGCAACGACAGCGGAUUCCAGAAGAAGUCAACAAGAGAAGAUGGAAGGUGGAGGAACAACCGAGGCCCGGAACGAUAUCUCCACGAAACCCAAAGACUCAGGGAACAAGAGGAGAGCUGAGAAGACGCCCGCGAUCCCCAUCCUCAUGAAUAGUAUAAAUCCGUAG